AUGGCUGCUGACGACAUCAAAGGAAAGAAGCGCAAGGGCGCAUCAGAGGCGGCGCCGAAAGCGAAGAAGCCCAGAAAGUCGGACGAUGUUGCACCCGUCGAAGCGAAACCAACAAGGAAAUCUGCGCGUAAACAAGCUGCCGACUUCAUGGACAUCGAAGAAGAGGCUGCGCCUGUCGCCGUCGCCGAGCCUGCCAAGCCAAAGAAGGGCAAGAAGAGCAAGGCCGCAGCUGAUGUCGAUACCGAGAUGGCUGAACCCGCCACUGAGGUAGUAGAGGUCGCUGAAGUACAAGAAAAGCCCAAGAAGCAAGCAAAGAAGGGCAAGGCCGCUGCCAAGGUCGACACUGAGGCCGCUGAGCCUGUCGCUGCAGUAGUAGAGGUCACUGAAGUGCAAGAAAAGCCCAAGAAAGGUGGAAAGAAGGGCAAGAUUGUAGUCGCAGAGGAGACAGUCGUAGCAGAGGCUCCCAAGGCUAAGGCUAAGACCGCUAAGAAGGGAAAGGCUGAGGAUGUCGAACCUGUUGAGGAUGCUCCUGUUGUAGUGGAGGAGACUACCACAGUCGCAAAGCCAAAGAAGACAAAGGGCGGAAAGAAGCAGGAGGCGACUGAGCCAGAGGUCGAGGUCACCGAGAUUACAGCGGUAGACGAUGACGCAGACGACGCAGCUGAAGACGACCAGACCGCAGCUCUACUCGCUGGCUUCAGCGAUUCCGAUUCGGAUGAUGCUGACGAAGAUGAAAACUUCGACGAAGCCGCAAAGGUUCCCAAACUUAGCGCAAAGCAGCGGAAAGCGAUAAAGCAAGCAGAGGCUGCCCCCAAGUCUAACGAGCCCGGUGUUCUCUACGUUGGUCGCGUGCCUCGUGGUUUCUUCGAACCUCAGAUGAAGCAGUACUUCUCGCAGUUCGGCAAGGUCAACCGGUUACGCCUGUCGCGCAACAAGAAGACUGGUGCCUCCAAGCACUUCGCUUUCGUCGAGUUCCAAUCCCAAGAGGUCGCUGACAUCGUCGCACGAACCAUGAACAACUACCUACUGUUCGGUCACAUCCUCAAAGUCCAUCUCAUCCCCAACGAACAGGUACACCCAGAUCUCUUCAAAGGUGCCAACGAGCGAUUCAAGGUCGACCCUCGCAACAAGAAGGCCGGUCUCGAGAUGGAGCGUGGUGUAGAGCGUUCGCAAUGGGAAAAGCGCGUGGAGAACGAGAACAAGAGAAGGACAAGCAAAGCUAAGCAGCUCAAGGAGAUCUUUGAUUACGAGUUUGAAGCACCAGCGCUCAAGACUGUCGACAGUGUUCCAAAGCACACUAGCAUAACUACUCUCAAACCGGCGAAGCCACAGCAGCUUCUUACUGAAGCGGCUGCUGAGGAGACCACUGUCACUGAGCUGCCAAAGGCUAAGAAGGGCAAGAAGGGUGCGAAGGCUCAAGCAGAGCCGCAACCGACUCAGGCUGCUGAGGUUACAGAGGCUGUCGAGGCUGUCUCCCCUGCACCAGCAAAGAAGGGCAAGAAGGCUGUAAAGGCCAAGGCUGUUGAACCCGCUGAGGUUGUGACUGAGGAGAUUGUCGAAGCCACCACGCCCGCUGCAGACAAGAAGCCUAAGAGGACUAGCAAGCGCAAGUCAGACGUCGCGCUCGAGGCAACCGCCGUUACCGAGGAGACUGUCCCGGAGACAACACCUAAGAGCAAGCGGGCUAAGAAGGAGAAGGUCGUCGUUGAGCCUAUAGUCGAAGAGGUCGAGGAGAAGAAGACGGCCGUUAAGCCAAAGAAGGCGGCUAAGAAGGCCAAGGCCUGA